AUGGAAGGCGAAGGGCACAAACCGAGGAGAGAAGCUUCACCAGGGGUGGACAGAGCAGGGCUGAAGUGCCUUGAUUCUGAUGCUGGCAGCAGCAAGGGGGAGGAGGGGCAAAAGCCGGAGAAAGGAGUCCUGUCAGGGACUGUUGGAGCAGAGCUGAAGCGCCAUGCUUCUAGUGCUGGCGAUAGCAAGGAAGAGAAUGAGGGGGUCUUAGUGAGCAGUGAACGCUUGGCAGAGACUUUUCGGAAGUUGAAAGAGCAGUCCAAGAUUGUGGAUGCGUUGUGCUUGACAAUCCAGACCGAGAGUGCUCGACUGGUACAGUUAACUGCAGCAGCAGCCGGUGGGGAAGCACAGCAAGUGGAAGCGAAAAAGGAGGAGGCAGUUGCUGGUGGAAAGACAAGCUUGUUACGGUCCGUUAAAGAAUUGGAAGAGCAGUUGGGAACGCUUAAGGUGCUGCAGAGGGAAGUAAGUUCUGCAGUCCAGACCUGUCAGAGUCAACGAGGUCAGCUUGAUGAGGCCAACGGAGGGGCAGCAGGGGAAGCAAGGGCGGAGGAAGCAAGGGCGGAGGAAGCAAGGGCGGAGGAAGCAAGGGCGGAGGAAGCAAGGGCGGAGGAAGCAAGGGCGGAGGAAGCAAGGGCGGAGGAAGCAAGGGCGGAGGAAGCAAGGGCGGAGGAAGCAAGGGCGGAGGACAGUCCAAAGCCGUGCCAGCUGCUAUCUCAUGCCGGCAUGGUUCACUACUUGGACGUGACAAACAAGUGGAAUGAGGAUCUGUGCGCGUGCUGCUUUGACCGGGCAGUGAGCCAGCGAGCACAGCGAGCUCUUGCGAUGAAGGACCUUGAGGAGUUGCGUUGCCACCUGCGCAGGCUGCAGCCUCGUUCCAUCCCCGCAGCUGCCAAGGAGCAGCAGCAGCACAAUCAGGCCGCUUUUGACUCCGCUAAAGGGGUACUGGAGCAGGCUGUACGAGAGCAACAUGGAGCUUCCCAUCAGAGUCAGCGGGCUGGAGAAGGCGCAUGCAGAGGGGAGGGCUGGAGAAGGCGCAUGGAGAAGGCUGCUGAGGAGGUGCAUGGGGAGGGAAAGGGGAGGGGGAGAGCUGCGGAGAAGGCUGCUGAGGAGGUGCAUGGGGAGGGAAAGGGGAGGGGGAGAGCUGCGGAGAAGGCUGCUGAGGAGGUGCAUGGGGAGGGAAAGGGGAGGGGGAGAGCUGCGGAGAAGGCUGCUGAGGAGGUGCAUGUGGAGGGAAAGGGGAGGGGGAGAGCUGCGGAGAAGGCUGCUGAGGAGGUGCAUGGGGAGGGAAAGGGGAGGGGGAGAGCUGCGGAGAAGGCUGCUGAGGAGGUGCAUGGGGAGGGAAAGGGGAGGGGGAGAGCUGCGGAGAAGGCUGCUGAGGAGGUGCAUGGGGAGGGAAAGGGGAGGGGGAGAGCUGCGGAGAAGGCUGCUGAGGAGGUGCAUGUGGAGGGAAAGGGGAGGGGGAGAGCUGCGGAGAAGGCUGCUGAGGAGGUGCAUGUGGAGGGAAAGGGGAGGGGGAGAGCUGCGGAGAAGGCUGCUGAGGAGGUGCAUGUGGAGGGAAAGGGGAGGGGGAGAGCUGCGGAGAAGGCUGCUGAGGAGGUGCAUGGGGAGGGAAAGGGGAGGGGGAGAGCUGCGGAGAAGGCUGCUGAGGAGGUGCAUGGGGAGGGAAAGGGGAGGGGGAGAGCUGCGGAGAAGGCUGCUGAGGAGGUGCAUGUGGAGGGAAAGGGGAGGGGGAGAGCUGCGGAGAAGGCUGCUGAGGAGGUGCAUGUGGAGGGAAAGGGGAGGGGGAGAGCUGCGGAGAAGGCUGCUGAGGAGGUGCAUGGGGAGGGAAAGGGGAGGGGGAGAGCUGCGGAGAAGGCUGCUGAGGAGGUGCAUGUGGAGGGAAAGGGGAGGGGGAGAGCUGCGGAGAAGGCUGCUGAGGAGGUGCAUGGGGAGGGAAAGGGGAGGGGGAGAGCUGCGGAGAAGGCUGCUGAGGAGGUGCAUGUGGAGGGAAAGGGGAGGGGGAGAGCUGCGGAGAAGGCUGCUGAGGAGGUGCAUGGGGAGGGAAAGGGGAGGGGGAGAGCUGCGGAGAAGGCUGCUGAGGAGGUGCAUGGGGAGGGAAAGGGGAGGGGGAGAGCUGCGGAGAAGGCUGCUGAGGAGGUGCAUGGGGAGGGAAAGGGGAGGGGGAGAGCUGCGGAGAAGGCUGCUGAGGAGGUGCAUGUGGAGGGAAAGGGGAGGGGGAGAGCUGCGGAGAAGGCUGCUGAGGAGGUGCAUGUGGAGGGAAAGGGGAGGGGGAGAGCUGCGGAGAAGGCUGCUGAGGAGGUGCAUGUGGAGGGAAAGGGGAGGGGGAGAGCUGCGGAGAAGGCUGCUGAGGAGGUGCAUGGGGAGGGAAAGGGGAGGGGGAGAGCUGCGGAGAAGGCUGCUGAGGAGGUGCAUGGGGAGGGAAAGGGGAGGGGGAGAGCUGCGGAGAAGGCUGCUGAGGAGGUGCAUGUGGAGGGAAAGGGGAGGGGGAGAGCUGCGGAGAAGGCUGCUGAGGAGGUGCAUGUGGAGGGAAAGGGGAGGGGGAGAGCUGCGGAGAAGGCUGCUGAGGAGGUGCAUGUGGAGGGAAAGGGGAGGGGGAGAGCUGCGGAGAAGGCUGCUGAGGAGGUGCAUGUGGAGGGAAAGGGGAGGGGGAGAGCUGCGGAGAAGGCUGCUGAGGAGGUGCAUGUGGAGGGAAAGGGGAGGGGGAGAGCUGCGGAGAAGGCUGCUGAGGAGGUGCAUGUGGAGGGAAAGGGGAGGGGGAGAGCUGCGGAGAAGGCUGCUGAGGAGGUGCAUGUGGAGGGAAAGGGGAGGGGGAGAGCUGCGGAGAAGGCUGCUGAGGAGGUGCAUGUGGAGGGAAAGGGGAGGGGGAGAGCUGCGGAGAAGGCUGCUGAGGAGGUGCAUGUGGAGGGAAAGGGGAGGGGGAGAGCUGCGGAGAAGGCUGCUGAGGAGGUGCAUGGGGAGGGAAAGGGGAGGGGGAGAGCUGCGGAGAAGGCUGCUGAGGAGGUGCAUGGGGAGGGAAAGGGGAGGGGGAGAGCUGCGGAGAAGGCUGCUGAGGAGGUGCAUGUGGAGGGAAAGGGGAGGGGGAGAGCUGCGGAGAAGGCUGCUGAGGAGGUGCAUGUGGAGGGAAAGGGGAGGGGGAGAGCUGCGGAGAAGGCUGCUGAGGAGGUGCAUGUGGAGGGAAAGGGGAGGGGGAGAGCUGCGGAGAAGGCUGCUGAGGAGGUGCAUGUGGAGGGAAAGGGGAGGGGGAGAGCUGCGGAGAAGGCUGCUGAGGAGGUGCAUGUGGAGGGAAAGGGGAGGGGGAGAGCUGCGGAGAAGGCUGCUGAGGAGGUGCAUGUGGAGGGAAAGGGGAGGGGGAGAGCUGCGGAGAAGGCUGCUGAGGAGGUGCAUGUGGAGGGAAAGGGGAGGGGGAGAGCUGCGGAGAAGGCUGCUGAGGAGGUGCAUGUGGAGGGAAAGGGGAGGGGGAGAGCUGCGGAGAAGGCUGCUGAGGAGGUGCAUGUGGAGGGAAAGGGGAGGGGGAGAGCUGCGGAGAAGGCUGCUGAGGAGGUGCAUGGGGAGGGAAAGGGGAGGGGGAGAGCUGCGGAGAAGGCUGCUGAGGAGGUGCAUGUGGAGGGAAAGGGGAGGGGGAGAGCUGCGGAGAAGGCUGCUGAGGAGGUGCAUGUGGAGGGAAAGGGGAGGGGGAGAGCUGCGGAGAAGGCUGCUGAGGAGGUGCAUGUGGAGGGAAAGGGGAGGGGGAGAGCUGCGGAGAAGGCUGCUGAGGAGGUGCAUGUGGAGGGAAAGGGGAGGGGGAGAGCUGCGGAGAAGGCUGCUGAGGAGGUGCAUGGGGAGGGAAAGGGGAGGGGGAGAGCUGCGGAGAAGGCUGCUGAGGAGGUGCAUGGGGAGGGAAAGGGGAGGGGGAGAGCUGCGGAGAAGGCUGCUGAGGAGGUGCAUGUGGAGGGAAAGGGGAGGGGGAGAGCUGCGGAGAAGGCUGCUGAGGAGGUGCAUGUGGAGGGAAAGGGGAGGGGGAGAGCUGCGGAGAAGGCUGCUGAGGAGGUGCAUGUGGAGGGAAAGGGGAGGGGGAGAGCUGCGGAGAAGGCUGCUGAGGAGGUGCAUGUGGAGGGAAAGGGGAGGGGGAGAGCUGCGGAGAAGGCUGCUGAGGAGGUGCAUGUGGAGGGAAAGGGGAGGGGGAGAGCUGCGGAGAAGGCUGCUGAGGAGGUGCAUGUGGAGGGAAAGGGGAGGGGGAGAGCUGCGGAGAAGGCUGCUGAGGAGGUGCAUGGGGAGGGAAAGGGGAGGGGGAGAGCUGCGGAGAAGGCUGCUGAGGAGGUGCAUGUGGAGGGAAAGGGGAGGGGGAGAGCUGCGGAGAAGGCUGCUGAGGAGGUGCAUGUGGAGGGAAAGGGGAGGGGGAGAGCUGCGGAGAAGGCUGCUGAGGAGGUGCAUGUGGAGGGAAAGGGGAGGGGGAGAGCUGCGGAGAAGGCUGCUGAGGAGGUGCAUGUGGAGGGAAAGGGGAGGGGGAGAGCUGCGGAGAAGGCUGCUGAGGAGGUGCAUGUGGAGGGAAAGGGGAGGGGGAGAGCUGCGGAGAAGGCUGCUGAGGAGGUGCAUGUGGAGGGAAAGGGGAGGGGGAGAGCUGCGGAGAAGGCUGCUGAGGAGGUGCAUGUGGAGGGAAAGGGGAGGGGGAGAGCUGCGGAGAAGGCUGCUGAGGAGGUGCAUGUGGAGGGAAAGGGGAGGGGGAGAGCUGCGGAGAAGGCUGCUGAGGAGGUGCAUGUGGAGGGAAAGGGGAGGGGGAGAGCUGCGGAGAAGGCUGCUGAGGAGGUGCAUGUGGAGGGAAAGGGGAGGGGGAGAGCUGCGGAGAAGGCUGCUGAGGAGGUGCAUGGGGAGGGAAAGGGGAGGGGGAGAGCUGCGGAGAAGGCUGCUGAGGAGGUGCAUGUGGAGGGAAAGGGGAGGGGGAGAGCUGCGGAGAAGGCUGCUGAGGAGGUGCAUGUGGAGGGAAAGGGGAGGGGGAGAGCUGCGGAGAAGGCUGCUGAGGAGGUGCAUGUGGAGGGAAAGGGGAGGGGGAGAGCUGCGGAGAAGGCUGCUGAGGAGGUGCAUGUGGAGGGAAAGGGGAGGGGGAGAGCUGCGGAGAAGGCUGCUGAGGAGGUGCAUGGGGAGGGAAAGGGGAGGGGGAGAGCUGCGGAGAAGGCUGCUGAGGAGGUGCAUGGGGAGGGAAAGGGGAGGGGGAGAGCUGCGGAGAAGGCUGCUGAGGAGGUGCAUGUGGAGGGAAAGGGGAGGGGGAGAGCUGCGGAGAAGGCUGCUGAGGAGGUGCAUGUGGAGGGAAAGGGGAGGGGGAGAGCUGCGGAGAAGGCUGCUGAGGAGGUGCAUGUGGAGGGAAAGGGGAGGGGGAGAGCUGCGGAGAAGGCUGCUGAGGAGGUGCAUGGGGAGGGAAAGGGGAGGGGGAGAGCUGCGGAGAAGGCUGCUGAGGAGGUGCAUGGGGAGGGAAAGGGGAGGGGGAGAGCUGCGGAGAAGGCUGCUGAGGAGGUGCAUGUGGAGGGAAAGGGGAGGGGGAGAGCUGCGGAGAAGGCUGCUGAGGAGGUGCAUGUGGAGGGAAAGGGGAGGGGGAGAGCUGCGGAGAAGGCUGCUGAGGAGGUGCAUGUGGAGGGAAAGGGGAGGGGGAGAGCUGCGGAGAAGGCUGCUGAGGAGGUGCAUGUGGAGGGAAAGGGGAGGGGGAGAGCUGCGGAGAAGGCUGCUGAGGAGGUGCAUGUGGAGGGAAAGGGGAGGGGGAGAGCUGCGGAGAAGGCUGCUGAGGAGGUGCAUGGGGAGGGAAAGGGGAGGGGGAGAGCUGCGGAGAAGGCUGCUGAGGAGGUGCAUGUGGAGGGAAAGGGGAGGGGGAGAGCUGCGGAGAAGGCUGCUGAGGAGGUGCAUGUGGAGGGAAAGGGGAGGGGGAGAGCUGCGGAGAAGGCUGCUGAGGAGGUGCAUGUGGAGGGAAAGGGGAGGGGGAGAGCUGCGGAGAAGGCUGCUGAGGAGGUGCAUGUGGAGGGAAAGGGGAGGGGGAGAGCUGCGGAGAAGGCUGCUGAGGAGGUGCAUGUGGAGGGAAAGGGGAGGGGGAGAGCUGCGGAGAAGGCUGCUGAGGAGGUGCAUGUGGAGGGAAAGGGGAGGGGGAGAGCUGCGGAGAAGGCUGCUGAGGAGGUGCAUGUGGAGGGAAAGGGGAGGGGGAGAGCUGCGGAGAAGGCUGCUGAGGAGGUGCAUGUGGAGGGAAAGGGGAGGGGGAGAGCUGCGGAGAAGGCUGCUGAGGAGGUGCAUGUGGAGGGAAAGGGGAGGGGGAGAGCUGCGGAGAAGGCUGCUGAGGAGGUGCAUGUGGAGGGAAAGGGGAGGGGGAGAGCUGCGGAGAAGGCUGCUGAGGAGGUGCAUGUGGAGGGAAAGGGGAGGGGGAGAGCUGCGGAGAAGGCUGCUGAGGAGGUGCAUGUGGAGGGAAAGGGGAGGGGGAGAGCUGCGGAGAAGGCUGCUGAGGAGGUGCAUGUGGAGGGAAAGGGGAGGGGGAGAGCUGCGGAGAAGGCUGCUGAGGAGGUGCAUGGGGAGGGAAAGGGGAGGGGGAGAGCUGCGGAGAAGGCUGCUGAGGAGGUGCAUGUGGAGGGAAAGGGGAGGGGGAGAGCUGCGGAGAAGGCUGCUGAGGAGGUGCAUGGGGAGGGAAAGGGGAGGGGGAGAGCUGCGGAGAAGGCUGCUGAGGAGGUGCAUGUGGAGGGAAAGGGGAGGGGGAGAGCUGCGGAGAAGGCUGCUGAGGAGGUGCAUGUGGAGGGAAAGGGGAGGGGGAGAGCUGCGGAGAAGGCUGCUGAGGAGGUGCAUGUGGAGGGAAAGGGGAGGGGGAGAGCUGCGGAGAAGGCUGCUGAGGAGGUGCAUGUGGAGGGAAAGGAGAGGGGGAGAGCUGCGGAGAAGGCUGCUGAGGAGGUGCAUGUGGAGGGAAAGGGGAGGGGGAGAGCUGCGGAGAAGGCUGCUGAGGAGGUGCAUGUGGAGGGAAAGGGGAGGGGGAGAGCUGCGGAGAAGGCUGCUGAGGAGGUGCAUGUGGAGGGAAAGGGGAGGGGGAGAGCUGCGGAGAAGGCUGCUGAGGAGGUGCAUGGGGAGGGAAAGGGGAGGGGGAGAGCUGCGGAGAAGGCUGCUGAGGAGGUGCAUGUGGAGGGAAAGGGGAGGGGGAGAGCUGCGGAGAAGGCUGCUGAGGAGGUGCAUGUGGAGGGAAAGGGGAGGGGGAGAGCUGCGGAGAAGGCUGCUGAGGAGGUGCAUGUGGAGGGAAAGGGGAGGGGGAGAGCUGCGGAGAAGGCUGCUGAGGAGGUGCAUGUGGAGGGAAAGGGGAGGGGGAGAGCUGCGGAGAAGGCUGCUGAGGAGGUGCAUGUGGAGGGAAAGGGGAGGGGGAGAGCUGCGGAGAAGGCUGCUGAGGAGGUGCAUGUGGAGGGAAAGGGGAGGGGGAGAGCUGCGGAGAAGGCUGCUGAGGAGGUGCAUGGGGAGGGAAAGGGGAGGGGGAGAGCUGCGGAGAAGGCUGCUGAGGAGGUGCAUGUGGAGGGAAAGGGGAGGGGGAGAGCUGCGGAGAAGGCUGCUGAGGAGGUGCAUGUGGAGGGAAAGGGGAGGGGGAGAGCUGCGGAGAAGGCUGCUGAGGAGGUGCAUGGGGAGGGAAAGGGGAGGGGGAGAGCUGCGGAGAAGGCUGCUGAGGAGGUGCAUGUGGAGGGAAAGGGGAGGGGGAGAGCUGCGGAGAAGGCUGCUGAGGAGGUGCAUGUGGAGGGAAAGGGGAGGGGGAGAGCUGCGGAGAAGGCUGCUGAGGAGGUGCAUGUGGAGGGAAAGGGGAGGGGGAGAGCUGCGGAGAAGGCUGCUGAGGAGGUGCAUGUGGAGGGAAAGGGGAGGGGGAGAGCUGCGGAGAAGGCUGCUGAGGAGGUGCAUGUGGAGGGAAAGGGGAGGGGGAGAGCUGCGGAGAAGGCUGCUGAGGAGGUGCAUGUGGAGGGAAAGGGGAGGGGGAGAGCUGCGGAGAAGGCUGCUGAGGAGGUGCAUGUGGAGGGAAAGGGGAGGGGGAGAGCUGCGGAGAAGGCUGCUGAGGAGGUGCAUGUGGAGGGAAAGGGGAGGGGGAGAGCUGCGGAGAAGGCUGCUGAGGAGGUGCAUGUGGAGGGAAAGGGGAGGGGGAGAGCUGCGGAGAAGGCUGCUGAGGAGGUGCAUGUGGAGGGAAAGGGGAGGGGGAGAGCUGCGGAGAAGGCUGCUGAGGAGGUGCAUGUGGAGGGAAAGGGGAGGGGGAGAGCUGCGGAGAAGGCUGCUGAGGAGGUGCAUGUGGAGGGAAAGGGGAGGGGGAGAGCUGCGGAGAAGGCUGCUGAGGAGGUGCAUGUGGAGGGAAAGGGGAGGGGGAGAGCUGCGGAGAAGGCUGCUGAGGAGGUGCAUGUGGAGGGAAAGGGGAGGGGGAGAGCUGCGGAGAAGGCUGCUGAGGAGGUGCAUGUGGAGGGAAAGGGGAGGGGGAGAGCUGCGGAGAAGGCUGCUGAGGAGGUGCAUGUGGAGGGAAAGGGGAGGGGGAGAGCUGCGGAGAAGGCUGCUGAGGAGGUGCAUGUGGAGGGAAAGGGGAGGGGGAGAGCUGCGGAGAAGGCUGCUGAGGAGGUGCAUGGGGAGGGAAAGGGGAGGGGGAGAGCUGCGGAGAAGGCUGCUGAGGAGGUGCAUGUGGAGGGAAAGGGGAGGGGGAGAGCUGCGGAGAAGGCUGCUGAGGAGGUGCAUGUGGAGGGAAAGGGGAGGGGGAGAGCUGCGGAGAAGGCUGCUGAGGAGGUGCAUGGGGAGGGAAAGGGGAGGGGGAGAGCUGCGGAGAAGGCUGCUGAGGAGGUGCAUGUGGAGGGAAAGGGGAGGGGGAGAGCUGCGGAGAAGGCUGCUGAGGAGGUGCAUGUGGAGGGAAAGGGGAGGGGGAGAGCUGCGGAGAAGGCUGCUGAGGAGGUGCAUGUGGAGGGAAAGGGGAGGGGGAGAGCUGCGGAGAAGGCUGCUGAGGAGGUGCAUGGGGAGGGAAAGGGGAGGGGGAGAGCUGCGGAGAAGGCUGCUGAGGAGGUGCAUGUGGAGGGAAAGGGGAGGGGGAGAGCUGCGGAGAAGGCUGCUGAGGAGGUGCAUGUGGAGGGAAAGGGGAGGGGGAGAGCUGCGGAGAAGGCUGCUGAGGAGGUGCAUGGGGAGGGAAAGGGGAGGGGGAGAGCUGCGGAGAAGGCUGCUGAGGAGGUGCAUGUGGAGGGAAAGGGGAGGGGGAGAGCUGCGGAGAAGGCUGCUGAGGAGGUGCAUGUGGAGGGAAAGGGGAGGGGGAGAGCUGCGGAGAAGGCUGCUGAGGAGGUGCAUGGGGAGGGAAAGGGGAGGGGGAGAGCUGCGGAGAAGGCUGCUGAGGAGGUGCAUGUGGAGGGAAAGGGGAGGGGGAGAGCUGCGGAGAAGGCUGCUGAGGAGGUGCAUGUGGAGGGAAAGGGGAGGGGGAGAGCUGCGGAGAAGGCUGCUGAGGAGGUGCAUGGGGAGGGAAAGGGGAGGGGGAGAGCUGCGGAGAAGGCUGCUGAGGAGGUGCAUGUGGAGGGAAAGGGGAGGGGGAGAGCUGCGGAGAAGGCUGCUGAGGAGGUGCAUGUGGAGGGAAAGGGGAGGGGGAGAGCUGCGGAGAAGGCUGCUGAGGAGGUGCAUGUGGAGGGAAAGGGGAGGGGGAGAGCUGCGGAGAAGGCUGCUGAGGAGGUGCAUGUGGAGGGAAAGGGGAGGGGGAGAGCUGCGGAGAAGGCUGCUGAGGAGGUGCAUGUGGAGGGAAAGGGGAGGGGGAGAGCUGCGGAGAAGGCUGCUGAGGAGGUGCAUGUGGAGGGAAAGGGGAGGGGGAGAGCUGCGGAGAAGGCUGCUGAGGAGGUGCAUGGGGAGGGAAAGGGGAGGGGGAGAGCUGCGGAGAAGGCUGCUGAGGAGGUGCAUGUGGAGGGAAAGGGGAGGGGGAGAGCUGCGGAGAAGGCUGCUGAGGAGGUGCAUGUGGAGGGAAAGGGGAGGGGGAGAGCUGCGGAGAAGGCUGCUGAGGAGGUGCAUGGGGAGGGAAAGGGGAGGGGGAGAGCUGCGGAGAAGGCUGCUGAGGAGGUGCAUGUGGAGGGAAAGGGGAGGGGGAGAGCUGCGGAGAAGGCUGCUGAGGAGGUGCAUGUGGAGGGAAAGGGGAGGGGGAGAGCUGCGGAGAAGGCUGCUGAGGAGGUGCAUGGGGAGGGAAAGGGGAGGGGGAGAGCUGCGGAGAAGGCUGCUGAGGAGGUGCAUGUGGAGGGAAAGGGGAGGGGGAGAGCUGCGGAGAAGGCUGCUGAGGAGGUGCAUGUGGAGGGAAAGGGGAGGGGGAGAGCUGCGGAGAAGGCUGCUGAGGAGGUGCAUGUGGAGGGAAAGGGGAGGGGGAGAGCUGCGGAGAAGGCUGCUGAGGAGGUGCAUGUGGAGGGAAAGGGGAGGGGGAGAGCUGCGGAGAAGGCUGCUGAGGAGGUGCAUGGGGAGGGAAAGGGGAGGGGGAGAGCUGCGGAGAAGGCUGCUGAGGAGGUGCAUGUGGAGGGAAAGGGGAGGGGGAGAGCUGCGGAGAAGGCUGCUGAGGAGGUGCAUGUGGAGGGAAAGGGGAGGGGGAGAGCUGCGGAGAAGGCUGCUGAGGAGGUGCAUGGGGAGGGAAAGGGGAGGGGGAGAGCUGCGGAGAAGGCUGCUGAGGAGGUGCAUGUGGAGGGAAAGGGGAGGGGGAGAGCUGCGGAGAAGGCUGCUGAGGAGGUGCAUGUGGAGGGAAAGGGGAGGGGGAGAGCUGCGGAGAAGGCUGCUGAGGAGGUGCAUGGGGAGGGAAAGGGGAGGGGGAGAGCUGCGGAGAAGGCUGCUGAGGAGGUGCAUGUGGAGGGAAAGGGGAGGGGGAGAGCUGCGGAGAAGGCUGCUGAGGAGGUGCAUGUGGAGGGAAAGGGGAGGGGGAGAGCUGCGGAGAAGGCUGCUGAGGAGGUGCAUGGGGAGGGAAAGGGGAGGGGGAGAGCUGCGGAGAAGGCUGCUGAGGAGGUGCAUGUGGAGGGAAAGGGGAGGGGGAGAGCUGCGGAGAAGGCUGCUGAGGAGGUGCAUGUGGAGGGAAAGGGGAGGGGGAGAGCUGCGGAGAAGGCUGCUGAGGAGGUGCAUGUGGAGGGAAAGGGGAGGGGGAGAGCUGCGGAGAAGGCUGCUGAGGAGGUGCAUGUGGAGGGAAAGGGGAGGGGGAGAGCUGCGGAGAAGGCUGCUGAGGAGGUGCAUGUGGAGGGAAAGGGGAGGGGGAGAGCUGCGGAGAAGGCUGCUGAGGAGGUGCAUGGGGAGGGAAAGGGGAGGGGGAGAGCUGCGGAGAAGGCUGCUGAGGAGGUGCAUGUGGAGGGAAAGGGGAGGGGGAGAGCUGCGGAGAAGGCUGCUGAGGAGGUGCAUGUGGAGGGAAAGGGGAGGGGGAGAGCUGCGGAGAAGGCUGCUGAGGAGGUGCAUGGGGAGGGAAAGGGGAGGGGGAGAGCUGCGGAGAAGGCUGCUGAGGAGGUGCAUGUGGAGGGAAAGGGGAGGGGGAGAGCUGCGGAGAAGGCUGCUGAGGAGGUGCAUGUGGAGGGAAAGGGGAGGGGGAGAGCUGCGGAGAAGGCUGCUGAGGAGGUGCAUGGGGAGGGAAAGGGGAGGGGGAGAGCUGCGGAGAAGGCUGCUGAGGAGGUGCAUGUGGAGGGAAAGGGGAGGGGGAGAGCUGCGGAGAAGGCUGCUGAGGAGGUGCAUGUGGAGGGAAAGGGGAGGGGGAGAGCUGCGGAGAAGGCUGCUGAGGAGGUGCAUGGGGAGGGAAAGGGGAGGGGGAGAGCUGCGGAGAAGGCUGCUGAGGAGGUGCAUGGGGAGGGAAAGGGGAGGGGGAGAGCUGCGGAGAAGGCUGCUGAGGAGGUGCAUGUGGAGGGAAAGGGGAGGGGGAGAGCUGCGGAGAAGGCUGCUGAGGAGGUGCAUGUGGAGGGAAAGGGGAGGGGGAGAGCUGCGGAGAAGGCUGCUGAGGAGGUGCAUGUGGAGGGAAAGGGGAGGGGGAGAGCUGCGGAGAAGGCUGCUGAGGAGGUGCAUGGGGAGGGAAAGGGGAGGGGGAGAGCUGCGGAGAAGGCUGCUGAGGAGGUGCAUGUGGAGGGAAAGGGGAGGGGGAGAGCUGCGGAGAAGGCUGCUGAGGAGGUGCAUGUGGAGGGAAAGGGGAGGGGGAGAGCUGCGGAGAAGGCUGCUGAGGAGGUGCAUGGGGAGGGAAAGGGGAGGGGGAGAGCUGCGGAGAAGGCUGCUGAGGAGGUGCAUGGGGAGGGAAAGGGGAGGGGGAGAGCUGCGGAGAAGGCUGCUGAGGAGGUGCAUGUGGAGGGAAAGGGGAGGGGGAGAGCUGCGGAGAAGGCUGCUGAGGAGGUGCAUGUGGAGGGAAAGGGGAGGGGGAGAGCUGCGGAGAAGGCUGCUGAGGAGGUGCAUGGGGAGGGAAAGGGGAGGGGGAGAGCUGCGGAGAAGGCUGCUGAGGAGGUGCAUGGGGAGGGAAAGGGGAGGGGGAGAGCUGCGGAGAAGGCUGCUGAGGAGGUGCAUGGGGAGGGAAAGGGGAGGGGGAGAGCUGCGGAGAAGGCUGCUGAGGAGGUGCAUGGGGAGGGAAAGGGGAGGGGGAGAGCUGCGGAGAAGGCUGCUGAGGAGGUGCAUGGGGAGGGAAAGGGGAGGGGGAGAGCUGCGGAGAAGGCUGCUGAGGAGGUGCAUGGGGAGGGAAAGGGGAGGGGGAGAGCUGCGGAGAAGGCUGCUGAGGAGGUGCAUGUGGAGGGAAAGGGGAGGGGGAGAGCUGCGGAGAAGGCUGCUGAGGAGGUGCAUGUGGAGGGAAAGGGGAGGGGGAGAGCUGCGGAGAAGGCUGCUGAGGAGGUGCAUGUGGAGGGAAAGGGGAGGGGGAGAGCUGCGGAGAAGGCUGCUGAGGAGGUGCAUGUGGAGGGAAAGGGGAGGGGGAGAGCUGCGGAGAAGGCUGCUGAGGAGGUGCAUGUGGAGGGAAAGGGGAGGGGGAGAGCUGCGGAGAAGGCUGCUGAGGAGGUGCAUGGGGAGGGAAAGGGGAGGGGGAGAGCUGCGGAGAAGGCUGCUGAGGAGGUGCAUGUGGAGGGAAAGGGGAGGGGGAGAGCUGCGGAGAAGGCUGCUGAGGAGGUGCAUGGGGAGGGAAAGGGGAGGGGGAGAGCUGCGGAGAAGGCUGCUGAGGAGGUGCAUGUGGAGGGAAAGGGGAGGGGGAGAGCUGCGGAGAAGGCUGCUGAGGAGGUGCAUGGAGAGGGAAAGGGGAGGGGGAGAGCUGCGGAGAAGGCUGCUGAGGAGGUGCAUGUGGAGGGAAAGGGGAGGGGGAGAGCUGCGGAGAAGGCUGCUGAGGAGGUGCAUGUGGAGGGAAAGGGGAGGGGGAGAGCUGCGGAGAAGGCUGCUGAGGAGGUGCAUGUGGAGGGAAAGGGGAGGGGGAGAGCUGCGGAGAAGGCUGCUGAGGAGGUGCAUGGGGAGGGAAAGGGGAGGGGGAGAGCUGCGGAGAAGGCUGCUGAGGAGGUGCAUGUGGAGGGAAAGGGGAGGGGGAGAGCUGCGGAGAAGGCUGCUGAGGAGGUGCAUGUGGAGGGAAAGGGGAGGGGGAGAGCUGCGGAGAAGGCUGCUGAGGAGGUGCAUGGGGAGGGAAAGGGGAGGGGGAGAGCUGCGGAGAAGGCUGCUGAGGAGGUGCAUGUGGAGGGAAAGGGGAGGGGGAGAGCUGCGGAGAAGGCUGCUGAGGAGGUGCAUGUGGAGGGAAAGGGGAGGGGGAGAGCUGCGGAGAAGGCUGCUGAGGAGGUGCAUGGGGAGGGAAAGGGGAGGGGGAGAGCUGCGGAGAAGGCUGCUGAGGAGGUGCAUGUGGAGGGAAAGGGGAGGGGGAGAGCUGCGGAGAAGGCUGCUGAGGAGGUGCAUGUGGAGGGAAAGGGGAGGGGGAGAGCUGCGGAGAAGGCUGCUGAGGAGGUGCAUGGGGAGGGAAAGGGGAGGGGGAGAGCUGCGGAGAAGGCUGCUGAGGAGGUGCAUGGGGAGGGAAAGGGGAGGGGGAGAGCUGCGGAGAAGGCUGCUGAGGAGGUGCAUGUGGAGGGAAAGGGGAGGGGGAGAGCUGCGGAGAAGGCUGCUGAGGAGGUGCAUGUGGAGGGAAAGGGGAGGGGGAGAGCUGCGGAGAAGGCUGCUGAGGAGGUGCAUGUGGAGGGAAAGGGGAGGGGGAGAGCUGCGGAGAAGGCUGCUGAGGAGGUGCAUGGGGAGGGAAAGGGGAGGGGGAGAGCUGCGGAGAAGGCUGCUGAGGAGGUGCAUGUGGAGGGAAAGGGGAGGGGGAGAGCUGCGGAGAAGGCUGCUGAGGAGGUGCAUGUGGAGGGAAAGGGGAGGGGGAGAGCUGCGGAGAAGGCUGCUGAGGAGGUGCAUGGGGAGGGAAAGGGGAGGGGGAGAGCUGCGGAGAAGGCUGCUGAGGAGGUGCAUGGGGAGGGAAAGGGGAGGGGGAGAGCUGCGGAGAAGGCUGCUGAGGAGGUGCAUGUGGAGGGAAAGGGGAGGGGGAGAGCUGCGGAGAAGGCUGCUGAGGAGGUGCAUGUGGAGGGAAAGGGGAGGGGGAGAGCUGCGGAGAAGGCUGCUGAGGAGGUGCAUGGGGAGGGAAAGGGGAGGGGGAGAGCUGCGGAGAAGGCUGCUGAGGAGGUGCAUGGGGAGGGAAAGGGGAGGGGGAGAGCUGCGGAGAAGGCUGCUGAGGAGGUGCAUGGGGAGGGAAAGGGGAGGGGGAGAGCUGCGGAGAAGGCUGCUGAGGAGGUGCAUGGGGAGGGAAAGGGGAGGGGGAGAGCUGCGGAGAAGGCUGCUGAGGAGGUGCAUGGGGAGGGAAAGGGGAGGGGGAGAGCUGCGGAGAAGGCUGCUGAGGAGGUGCAUGGGGAGGGAAAGGGGAGGGGGAGAGCUGCGGAGAAGGCUGCUGAGGAGGGGAGGGGGAGAGCUGCGGAGAAGGCUGCUGAGGAGGUGCAUGUGGAGGGAAAGGGGAGGGGGAGAGCUGCGGAGAAGGCUGCUGAGGAGGUGCAUGUGGAGGGAAAGGGGAGGGGGAGAGCUGCGGAGAAGGCUGCUGAGGAGGUGCAUGUGGAGGGAAAGGGGAGGGGGAGAGCUGCGGAGAAGGCUGCUGAGGAGGUGCAUGGGGAGGGAAAGGGGAGGGGGAGAGCUGCGGAGAAGGCUGCUGAGGAGGUGCAUGUGGAGGGAAAGGGGAGGGGGAGAGCUGCGGAGAAGGCUGCUGAGGAGGUGCAUGUGGAGGGAAAGGGGAGGGGGAGAGCUGCGGAGAAGGCUGCUGAGGAGGUGCAUGGGGAGGGAAAGGGGAGGGGGAGAGCUGCGGAGAAGGCUGCUGAGGAGGUGCAUGGGGAGGGAAAGGGGAGGGGGAGAGCUGCGGAGAAGGCUGCUGAGGAGGUGCAUGGGGAGGGAAAGGGGAGGGGGAGAGCUGCGGAGAAGGCUGCUGAGGAGGUGCAUGGGGAGGGAAAGGGGAGGGGGAGAGCUGCGGAGAAGGCUGCUGAGGAGGUGCAUGGGGAGGGAAAGGGGAGGGGGAGAGCUGCGGAGAAGGCUGCUGAGGAGGUGCAUGGGGAGGGAAAGGGGAGGGGGAGAGCUGCGGAGAAGGCUGCUGAGGAGGUGCAUGUGGAGGGAAAGGGGAGGGGGAGAGCUGCGGAGAAGGCUGCUGAGGAGGUGCAUGUGGAGGGAAAGGGGAGGGGGAGAGCUGCGGAGAAGGCUGCUGAGGAGGUGCAUGUGGAGGGAAAGGGGAGGGGGAGAGCUGCGGAGAAGGCUGCUGAGGAGGUGCAUGUGGAGGGAAAGGGGAGGGGGAGAGCUGCGGAGAAGGCUGCUGAGGAGGUGCAUGUGGAGGGAAAGGGGAGGGGGAGAGCUGCGGAGAAGGCUGCUGAGGAGGUGCAUGGGGAGGGAAAGGGGAGGGGGAGAGCUGCGGAGAAGGCUGCUGAGGAGGUGCAUGUGGAGGGAAAGGGGAGGGGGAGAGCUGCGGAGAAGGCUGCUGAGGAGGUGCAUGUGGAGGGAAAGGGGAGGGGGAGAGCUGCGGAGAAGGCUGCUGAGGAGGUGCAUGUGGAGGGAAAGGGGAGGGGGAGAGCUGCGGAGAAGGCUGCUGAGGAGGUGCAUGUGGAGGGAAAGGGGAGGGGGAGAGCUGCGGAGAAGGCUGCUGAGGAGGUGCAUGUGGAGGGAAAGGGGAGGGGGAGAGCUGCGGAGAAGGCUGCUGAGGAGGUGCAUGUGGAGGGAAAGGGGAGGGGGAGAGCUGCGGAGAAGGCUGCUGAGGAGGUGCAUGUGGAGGGAAAGGGGAGGGGGAGAGCUGCGGAGAAGGCUGCUGAGGAGGUGCAUGUGGAGGGAAAGGGGAGGGGGAGAGCUGCGGAGAAGGCUGCUGAGGAGGUGCAUGUGGAGGGAAAGGGGAGGGGGAGAGCUGCGGAGAAGGCUGCUGAGGAGGUGCAUGUGGAGGGAAAGGGGAGGGGGAGAGCUGCGGAGAAGGCUGCUGAGGAGGUGCAUGUGGAGGGAAAGGGGAGGGGGAGAGCUGCGGAGAAGGCUGCUGAGGAGGUGCAUGUGGAGGGAAAGGGGAGGGGGAGAGCUGCGGAGAAGGCUGCUGAGGAGGUGCAUGUGGAGGGAAAGGGGAGGGGGAGAGCUGCGGAGAAGGCUGCUGAGGAGGUGCAUGGGGAGGGAAAGGGGAGGGGGAGAGCUGCGGAGAAGGCUGCUGAGGAGGUGCAUGGGGAGGGAAAGGGGAGGGGGAGAGCUGCGGAGAAGGCUGCUGAGGAGGUGCAUGGGGAGGGAAAGGGGAGGGGGAGAGCUGCGGAGAAGGCUGCUGAGGAGGUGCAUGUGGAGGGAAAGGGGAGGGGGAGAGCUGCGGAGAAGGCUGCUGAGGAGGUGCAUGUGGAGGGAAAGGGGAGGGGGAGAGCUGCGGAGAAGGCUGCUGAGGAGGUGCAUGGGGAGGGAAAGGGGAGGGGGAGAGCUGCGGAGAAGGCUGCUGAGGAGGUGCAUGUGGAGGGAAAGGGGAGGGGGAGAGCUGCGGAGAAGGCUGCUGAGGAGGUGCAUGUGGAGGGAAAGGGGAGGGGGAGAGCUGCGGAGAAGGCUGCUGAGGAGGUGCAUGUGGAGGGAAAGGGGAGGGGGAGAGCUGCGGAGAAGGCUGCUGAGGAGGUGCAUGUGGAGGGAAAGGGGAGGGGGAGAGCUGCGGAGAAGGCUGCUGAGGAGGUGCAUGUGGAGGGAAAGGGGAGGGGGAGAGCUGCGGAGAAGGCUGCUGAGGAGGUGCAUGGGGAGGGAAAGGGGAGGGGGAGAGCUGCGGAGAAGGCUGCUGAGGAGGUGCAUGGGGAGGGAAAGGGGAGGGGGAGAGCUGCGGAGAAGGCUGCUGAGGAGGUGCAUGUGGAGGGAAAGGGGAGGGGGAGAGCUGCGGAGAAGGCUGCUGAGGAGGUGCAUGUGGAGGGAAAGGGGAGGGGGAGAGCUGCGGAGAAGGCUGCUGAGGAGGUGCAUGUGGAGGGAAAGGGGAGGGGGAGAGCUGCGGAGAAGGCUGCUGAGGAGGUGCAUGUGGAGGGAAAGGGGAGGGGGAGAGCUGCGGAGAAGGCUGCUGAGGAGGUGCAUGUGGAGGGAAAGGGGAGGGGGAGAGCUGCGGAGAAGGCUGCUGAGGAGGUGCAUGUGGAGGGAAAGGGGAGGGGGAGAGCUGCGGAGAAGGCUGCUGAGGAGGUGCAUGUGGAGGGAAAGGGGAGGGGGAGAGCUGCGGAGAAGGCUGCUGAGGAGGUGCAUGUGGAGGGAAAGGGGAGGGGGAGAGCUGCGGAGAAGGCUGCUGAGGAGGUGCAUGUGGAGGGAAAGGGGAGGGGGAGAGCUGCGGAGAAGGCUGCUGAGGAGGUGCAUGUGGAGGGAAAGGGGAGGGGGAGAGCUGCGGAGAAGGCUGCUGAGGAGGUGCAUGGGGAGGGAAAGGGGAGGGGGAGAGCUGCGGAGAAGGCUGCUGAGGAGGUGCAUGGGGAGGGAAAGGGGAGGGGGAGAGCUGCGGAGAAGGCUGCUGAGGAGGUGCAUGUGGAGGGAAAGGGGAGGGGGAGAGCUGCGGAGAAGGCUGCUGAGGAGGUGCAUGUGGAGGGAAAGGGGAGGGGGAGAGCUGCGGAGAAGGCUGCUGAGGAGGUGCAUGGGGAGGGAAAGGGGAGGGGGAGAGCUGCGGAGAAGGCUGCUGAGGAGGUGCAUGUGGAGGGAAAGGGGAGGGGGAGAGCUGCGGAGAAGGCUGCUGAGGAGGUGCAUGUGGAGGGAAAGGGGAGGGGGAGAGCUGCGGAGAAGGCUGCUGAGGAGGUGCAUGUGGAGGGAAAGGGGAGGGGGAGAGCUGCGGAGAAGGCUGCUGAGGAGGUGCAUGGGGAGGGAAAGGGGAGGGGGAGAGCUGCGGAGAAGGCUGCUGAGGAGGUGCAUGUGGAGGGAAAGGGGAGGGGGAGAGCUGCGGAGAAGGCUGCUGAGGAGGUGCAUGGGGAGGGAAAGGGGAGGGGGAGAGCUGCGGAGAAGGCUGCUGAGGAGGUGCAUGGGGAGGGAAAGGGGAGGGGGAGAGCUGCGGAGAAGGCUGCUGAGGAGGUGCAUGUGGAGGGAAAGGGGAGGGGGAGAGCUGCGGAGAAGGCUGCUGAGGAGGUGCAUGUGGAGGGAAAGGGGAGGGGGAGAGCUGCGGAGAAGGCUGCUGAGGAGGUGCAUGUGGAGGGAAAGGGGAGGGGGAGAGCUGCGGAGAAGGCUGCUGAGGAGGUGCAUGUGGAGGGAAAGGGGAGGGGGAGAGCUGCGGAGAAGGCUGCUGAGGAGGUGCAUGUGGAGGGAAAGGGGAGGGGGAGAGCUGCGGAGAAGGCUGCUGAGGAGGUGCAUGUGGAGGGAAAGGGGAGGGGGAGAGCUGCGGAGAAGGCUGCUGAGGAGGUGCAUGUGGAGGGAAAGGGGAGGGGGAGAGCUGCGGAGAAGGCUGCUGAGGAGGUGCAUGUGGAGGGAAAGGGGAGGGGGAGAGCUGCGGAGAAGGCUGCUGAGGAGGUGCAUGUGGAGGGAAAGGGGAGGGGGAGAGCUGCGGAGAAGGCUGCUGAGGAGGUGCAUGUGGAGGGAAAGGGGAGGGGGAGAGCUGCGGAGAAGGCUGCUGAGGAGGUGCAUGGGGAGGGAAAGGGGAGGGGGAGAGCUGCGGAGAAGGCUGCUGAGGAGGUGCAUGGGGAGGGAAAGGGGAGGGGGAGAGCUGCGGAGAAGGCUGCUGAGGAGGUGCAUGUGGAGGGAAAGGGGAGGGGGAGAGCUGCGGAGAAGGCUGCUGAGGAGGUGCAUGUGGAGGGAAAGGGGAGGGGGAGAGCUGCGGAGAAGGCUGCUGAGGAGGUGCAUGGGGAGGGAAAGGGGAGGGGGAGAGCUGCGGAGAAGGCUGCUGAGGAGGUGCAUGUGGAGGGAAAGGGGAGGGGGAGAGCUGCGGAGAAGGCUGCUGAGGAGGUGCAUGUGGAGGGAAAGGGGAGGGGGAGAGCUGCGGAGAAGGCUGCUGAGGAGGUGCAUGUGGAGGGAAAGGGGAGGGGGAGAGCUGCGGAGAAGGCUGCUGAGGAGGUGCAUGUGGAGGGAAAGGGGAGGGGGAGAGCUGCGGAGAAGGCUGCUGAGGAGGUGCAUGUGGAGGGAAAGGGGAGGGGGAGAGCUGCGGAGAAGGCUGCUGAGGAGGUGCAUGGGGAGGGAAAGGGGAGGGGGAGAGCUGCGGAGAAGGCUGCUGAGGAGGUGCAUGGGGAGGGAAAGGGGAGGGGGAGAGCUGCGGAGAAGGCUGCUGAGGAGGUGCAUGUGGAGGGAAAGGGGAGGGGGAGAGCUGCGGAGAAGGCUGCUGAGGCGGUGCAUGUGGAGGGAAAGGGGAGGGGGAGAGCUGCGGAGAAGGCUGCUGAGGAGGUGCAUGGGGAGGGAAAGGGGAGGGGGAGAGCUGCGGAGAAGGCUGCUGAGGAGGUGCAUGUGGAGGGAAAGGGGAGGGGGAGAGCUGCGGAGAAGGCUGCUGAGGAGGUGCAUGUGGAGGGAAAGGGGAGGGGGAGAGCUGCGGAGAAGGCUGCUGAGGAGGUGCAUGUGGAGGGAAAGGGGAGGGGGAGAGCUGCGGAGAAGGCUGCUGAGGAGGUGCAUGUGGAGGGAAAGGGGAGGGGGAGAGCUGCGGAGAAGGCUGCUGAGGAGGUGCAUGUGGAGGGAAAGGGGAGGGGGAGAGCUGCGGAGAAGGCUGCUGAGGAGGUGCAUGUGGAGGGAAAGGGGAGGGGGAGAGCUGCGGAGAAGGCUGCUGAGGAGGUGCAUGUGGAGGGAAAGGGGAGGGGGAGAGCUGCGGAGAAGGCUGCUGAGGAGGUGCAUGUGGAGGGAAAGGGGAGGGGGAGAGCUGCGGAGAAGGCUGCUGAGGAGGUGCAUGUGGAGGGAAAGGGGAGGGGGAGAGCUGCGGAGAAGGCUGCUGAGGAGGUGCAUGUGGAGGGAAAGGGGAGGGGGAGAGCUGCGGAGAAGGCUGCUGAGGAGGUGCAUGGGGAGGGAAAGGGGAGGGGGAGAGCUGCGGAGAAGGCUGCUGAGGAGGUGCAUGGGGAGGGAAAGGGGAGGGGGAGAGCUGCGGAGAAGGCUGCUGAGGAGGUGCAUGUGGAGGGAAAGGGGAGGGGGAGAGCUGCGGAGAAGGCUGCUGAGGAGGUGCAUGUGGAGGGAAAGGGGAGGGGGAGAGCUGCGGAGAAGGCUGCUGAGGAGGUGCAUGGGGAGGGAAAGGGGAGGGGGAGAGCUGCGGAGAAGGCUGCUGAGGAGGUGCAUGUGGAGGGAAAGGGGAGGGGGAGAGCUGCGGAGAAGGCUGCUGAGGAGGUGCAUGUGGAGGGAAAGGGGAGGGGGAGAGCUGCGGAGAAGGCUGCUGAGGAGGUGCAUGGGGAGGGAAAGGGGAGGGGGAGAGCUGCGGAGAAGGCUGCUGAGGAGGUGCAUGGGGAGGGAAAGGGGAGGGGGAGAGCUGCGGAGAAGGCUGCUGAGGAGGUGCAUGUGGAGGGAAAGGGGAGGGGGAGAGCUGCGGAGAAGGCUGCUGAGGAGGUGCAUGUGGAGGGAAAGGGGAGGGGGAGAGCUGCGGAGAAGGCUGCUGAGGAGGUGCAUGGGGAGGGAAAGGGGAGGGGGAGAGCUGCGGAGAAGGCUGCUGAGGAGGUGCAUGGGGAGGGAAAGGGGAGGGGGAGAGCUGCGGAGAAGGCUGCUGAGGAGGUGCAUGUGGAGGGAAAGGGGAGGGGGAGAGCUGCGGAGAAGGCUGCUGAGGAGGUGCAUGUGGAGGGAAAGGGGAGGGGGAGAGCUGCGGAGAAGGCUGCUGAGGAGGUGCAUGGGGAGGGAAAGGGGAGGGGGAGAGCUGCGGAGAAGGCUGCUGAGGAGGUGCAUGUGGAGGGAAAGGGGAGGGGGAGAGCUGCGGAGAAGGCUGCUGAGGAGGUGCAUGUGGAGGGAAAGGGGAGGGGGAGAGCUGCGGAGAAGGCUGCUGAGGAGGUGCAUGUGGAGGGAAAGGGGAGGGGGAGAGCUGCGGAGAAGGCUGCUGAGGAGGUGCAUGUGGAGGGAAAGGGGAGGGGGAGAGCUGCGGAGAAGGCUGCUGAGGAGGUGCAUGUGGAGGGAAAGGGGAGGGGGAGAGCUGCGGAGAAGGCUGCUGAGGAGGUGCAUGUGGAGGGAAAGGGGAGGGGGAGAGCUGCGGAGAAGGCUGCUGAGGAGGUGCAUGGGGAGGGAAAGGGGAGGGGGAGAGCUGCGGAGAAGGCUGCUGAGGAGGUGCAUGGGGAGGGAAAGGGGAGGGGGAGAGCUGCGGAGAAGGCUGCUGAGGAGGUGCAUGUGGAGGGAAAGGGGAGGGGGAGAGCUGCGGAGAAGGCUGCUGAGGAGGUGCAUGGGGAGGGAAAGGGGAGGGGGAGAGCUGCGGAGAAGGCUGCUGAGGAGGUGCAUGUGGAGGGAAAGGGGAGGGGGAGAGCUGCGGAGAAGGCUGCUGAGGAGGUGCAUGUGGAGGGAAAGGGGAGGGGGAGAGCUGCGGAGAAGGCUGCUGAGGAGGUGCAUGUGGAGGGAAAGGGGAGGGGGAGAGCUGCGGAGAAGGCUGCUGAGGAGGUGCAUGUGGAGGGAAAGGGGAGGGGGAGAGCUGCGGAGAAGGCUGCUGAGGAGGUGCAUGUGGAGGGAAAGGGGAGGGGGAGAGCUGCGGAGAAGGCUGCUGAGGAGGUGCAUGUGGAGGGAAAGGGGAGGGGGAGAGCUGCGGAGAAGGCUGCUGAGGAGGUGCAUGUGGAGGGAAAGGGGAGGGGGAGAGCUGCGGAGAAGGCUGCUGAGGAGGUGCAUGUGGAGGGAAAGGGGAGGGGGAGAGCUGCGGAGAAGGCUGCUGAGGAGGUGCAUGGGGAGGGAAAGGGGAGGGGGAGAGCUGCGGAGAAGGCUGCUGAGGAGGUGCAUGGGGAGGGAAAGGGGAGGGGGAGAGCUGCGGAGAAGGCUGCUGAGGAGGUGCAUGUGGAGGGAAAGGGGAGGGGGAGAGCUGCGGAGAAGGCUGCUGAGGAGGUGCAUGUGGAGGGAAAGGGGAGGGGGAGAGCUGCGGAGAAGGCUGCUGAGGAGGUGCAUGGGGAGGGAAAGGGGAGGGGGAGAGCUGCGGAGAAGGCUGCUGAGGAGGUGCAUGUGGAGGGAAAGGGGAGGGGGAGAGCUGCGGAGAAGGCUGCUGAGGAGGUGCAUGUGGAGGGAAAGGGGAGGGGGAGAGCUGCGGAGAAGGCUGCUGAGGAGGUGCAUGGGGAGGGAAAGGGGAGGGGGAGAGCUGCGGAGAAGGCUGCUGAGGAGGUGCAUGGGGAGGGAAAGGGGAGGGGGAGAGCUGCGGAGAAGGCUGCUGAGGAGGUGCAUGUGGAGGGAAAGGGGAGGGGGAGAGCUGCGGAGAAGGCUGCUGAGGAGGUGCAUGUGGAGGGAAAGGGGAGGGGGAGAGCUGCGGAGAAGGCUGCUGAGGAGGUGCAUGGGGAGGGAAAGGGGAGGGGGAGAGCUGCGGAGAAGGCUGCUGAGGAGGUGCAUGGGGAGGGAAAGGGGAGGGGGAGAGCUGCGGAGAAGGCUGCUGAGGAGGUGCAUGUGGAGGGAAAGGGGAGGGGGAGAGCUGCGGAGAAGGCUGCUGAGGAGGUGCAUGUGGAGGGAAAGGGGAGGGGGAGAGCUGCGGAGAAGGCUGCUGAGGAGGUGCAUGGGGAGGGAAAGGGGAGGGGGAGAGCUGCGGAGAAGGCUGCUGAGGAGGUGCAUGUGGAGGGAAAGGGGAGGGGGAGAGCUGCGGAGAAGGCUGCUGAGGAGGUGCAUGUGGAGGGAAAGGGGAGGGGGAGAGCUGCGGAGAAGGCUGCUGAGGAGGUGCAUGUGGAGGGAAAGGGGAGGGGGAGAGCUGCGGAGAAGGCUGCUGAGGAGGUGCAUGUGGAGGGAAAGGGGAGGGGGAGAGCUGCGGAGAAGGCUGCUGAGGAGGUGCAUGUGGAGGGAAAGGGGAGGGGGAGAGCUGCGGAGAAGGCUGCUGAGGAGGUGCAUGUGGAGGGAAAGGGGAGGGGGAGAGCUGCGGAGAAGGCUGCUGAGGAGGUGCAUGGGGAGGGAAAGGGGAGGGGGAGAGCUGCGGAGAAGGCUGCUGAGGAGGUGCAUGGGGAGGGAAAGGGGAGGGGGAGAGCUGCGGAGAAGGCUGCUGAGGAGGUGCAUGUGGAGGGAAAGGGGAGGGGGAGAGCUGCGGAGAAGGCUGCUGAGGAGGUGCAUGUGGAGGGAAAGGGGAGGGGGAGAGCUGCGGAGAAGGCUGCUGAGGAGGUGCAUGGGGAGGGAAAGGGGAGGGGGAGAGCUGCGGAGAAGGCUGCUGAGGAGGUGCAUGGGGAGGGAAAGGGGAGGGGGAGAGCUGCGGAGAAGGCUGCUGAGGAGGUGCAUGUGGAGGGAAAGGGGAGGGGGAGAGCUGCGGAGAAGGCUGCUGAGGAGGUGCAUGUGGAGGGAAAGGGGAGGGGGAGAGCUGCGGAGAAGGCUGCUGAGGAGGUGCAUGGGGAGGGAAAGGGGAGGGGGAGAGCUGCGGAGAAGGCUGCUGAGGAGGUGCAUGUGGAGGGAAAGGGGAGGGGGAGAGCUGCGGAGAAGGCUGCUGAGGAGGUGCAUGGGGAGGGAAAGGGGAGGGGGAGAGCUGCGGAGAAGGCUGCUGAGGAGGUGCAUGUGGAGGGAAAGGGGAGGGGGAGAGCUGCGGAGAAGGCUGCUGAGGAGGUGCAUGUGGAGGGAAAGGGGAGGGGGAGAGCUGCGGAGAAGGCUGCUGAGGAGGUGCAUGUGGAGGGAAAGGGGAGGGGGAGAGCUGCGGAGAAGGCUGCUGAGGAGGUGCAUGUGGAGGGAAAGGGGAGGGGGAGAGCUGCGGAGAAGGCUGCUGAGGAGGUGCAUGUGGAGGGAAAGGGGAGGGGGAGAGCUGCGGAGAAGGCUGCUGAGGAGGUGCAUGUGGAGGGAAAGGGGAGGGGGAGAGCUGCGGAGAAGGCUGCUGAGGAGGUGCAUGGGGAGGGAAAGGGGAGGGGGAGAGCUGCGGAGAAGGCUGCUGAGGAGGUGCAUGGGGAGGGAAAGGGGAGGGGGAGAGCUGCGGAGAAGGCUGCUGAGGAGGUGCAUGUGGAGGGAAAGGGGAGGGGGAGAGCUGCGGAGAAGGCUGCUGAGGAGGUGCAUGUGGAGGGAAAGGGGAGGGGGAGAGCUGCGGAGAAGGCUGCUGAGGAGGUGCAUGGGGAGGGAAAGGGGAGGGGGAGAGCUGCGGAGAAGGCUGCUGAGGAGGUGCAUGGGGAGGGAAAGGGGAGGGGGAGAGCUGCGGAGAAGGCUGCUGAGGAGGUGCAUGUGGAGGGAAAGGGGAGGGGGAGAGCUGCGGAGAAGGCUGCUGAGGAGGUGCAUGUGGAGGGAAAGGGGAGGGGGAGAGCUGCGGAGAAGGCUGCUGAGGAGGUGCAUGGGGAGGGAAAGGGGAGGGGGAGAGCUGCGGAGAAGGCUGCUGAGGAGGUGCAUGUGGAGGGAAAGGGGAGGGGGAGAGCUGCGGAGAAGGCUGCUGAGGAGGUGCAUGGGGAGGGAAAGGGGAGGGGGAGAGCUGCGGAGAAGGCUGCUGAGGAGGUGCAUGUGGAGGGAAAGGGGAGGGGGAGAGCUGCGGAGAAGGCUGCUGAGGAGGUGCAUGUGGAGGGAAAGGGGAGGGGGAGAGCUGCGGAGAAGGCUGCUGAGGAGGUGCAUGUGGAGGGAAAGGGGAGGGGGAGAGCUGCGGAGAAGGCUGCUGAGGAGGUGCAUGUGGAGGGAAAGGGGAGGGGGAGAGCUGCGGAGAAGGCUGCUGAGGAGGUGCAUGUGGAGGGAAAGGGGAGGGGGAGAGCUGCGGAGAAGGCUGCUGAGGAGGUGCAUGUGGAGGGAAAGGGGAGGGGGAGAGCUGCGGAGAAGGCUGCUGAGGAGGUGCAUGUGGAGGGAAAGGGGAGGGGGAGAGCUGCGGAGAAGGCUGCUGAGGAGGUGCAUGUGGAGGGAAAGGGGAGGGGGAGAGCUGCGGAGAAGGCUGCUGAGGAGGUGCAUGGGGAGGGAAAGGGGAGGGGGAGAGCUGCGGAGAAGGCUGCUGAGGAGGUGCAUGGGGAGGGAAAGGGGAGGGGGAGAGCUGCGGAGAAGGCUGCUGAGGAGGUGCAUGUGGAGGGAAAGGGGAGGGGGAGAGCUGCGGAGAAGGCUGCUGAGGAGGUGCAUGUGGAGGGAAAGGGGAGGGGGAGAGCUGCGGAGAAGGCUGCUGAGGAGGUGCAUGGGGAGGGAAAGGGGAGGGGGAGAGCUGCGGAGAAGGCUGCUGAGGAGGUGCAUGGGGAGGGAAAGGGGAGGGGGAGAGCUGCGGAGAAGGCUGCUGAGGAGGUGCAUGUGGAGGGAAAGGGGAGGGGGAGAGCUGCGGAGAAGGCUGCUGAGGAGGUGCAUGUGGAGGGAAAGGGGAGGGGGAGAGCUGCGGAGAAGGCUGCUGAGGAGGUGCAUGUGGAGGGAAAGGGGAGGGGGAGAGCUGCGGAGAAGGCUGCUGAGGAGGUGCAUGUGGAGGGAAAGGGGAGGGGGAGAGCUGCGGAGAAGGCUGCUGAGGAGGUGCAUGUGGAGGGAAAGGGGAGGGGGAGAGCUGCGGAGAAGGCUGCUGAGGAGGUGCAUGUGGAGGGAAAGGGGAGGGGGAGAGCUGCGGAGAAGGCUGCUGAGGAGGUGCAUGGGGAGGGAAAGGGGAGGGGGAGAGCUGCGGAGAAGGCUGCUGAGGAGGUGCAUGGGGAGGGAAAGGGGAGGGGGAGAGCUGCGGAGAAGGCUGCUGAGGAGGUGCAUGUGGAGGGAAAGGGGAGGGGGAGAGCUGCGGAGAAGGCUGCUGAGGAGGUGCAUGUGGAGGGAAAGGGGAGGGGGAGAGCUGCGGAGAAGGCUGCUGAGGAGGUGCAUGGGGAGGGAAAGGGGAGGGGGAGAGCUGCGGAGAAGGCUGCUGAGGAGGUGCAUGUGGAGGGAAAGGGGAGGGGGAGAGCUGCGGAGAAGGCUGCUGAGGAGGUGCAUGUGGAGGGAAAGGGGAGGGGGAGAGCUGCGGAGAAGGCUGCUGAGGAGGUGCAUGGGGAGGGAAAGGGGAGGGGGAGAGCUGCGGAGAAGGCUGCUGAGGAGGUGCAUGUGGAGGGAAAGGGGAGGGGGAGAGCUGCGGAGAAGGCUGCUGAGGAGGUGCAUGUGGAGGGAAAGGGGAGGGGGAGAGCUGCGGAGAAGGCUGCUGAGGAGGUGCAUGGGGAGGGAAAGGGGAGGGGGAGAGCUGCGGAGAAGGCUGCUGAGGAGGUGCAUGUGGAGGGAAAGGGGAGGGGGAGAGCUGCGGAGAAGGCUGCUGAGGAGGUGCAUGUGGAGGGAAAGGGGAGGGGGAGAGCUGCGGAGAAGGCUGCUGAGGAGGUGCAUGUGGAGGGAAAGGGGAGGGGGAGAGCUGCGGAGAAGGCUGCUGAGGAGGUGCAUGGGGAGGGAAAGGGGAGGGGGAGAGCUGCGGAGAAGGCUGCUGAGGAGGUGCAUGUGGAGGGAAAGGGGAGGGGGAGAGCUGCGGAGAAGGCUGCUGAGGAGGUGCAUGUGGAGGGAAAGGGGAGGGGGAGAGCUGCGGAGAAGGCUGCUGAGGAGGUGCAUGGGGAGGGAAAGGGGAGGGGGAGAGCUGCGGAGAAGGCUGCUGAGGAGGUGCAUGUGGAGGGAAAGGGGAGGGGGAGAGCUGCGGAGAAGGCUGCUGAGGAGGUGCAUGUGGAGGGAAAGGGGAGGGGGAGAGCUGCGGAGAAGGCUGCUGAGGAGGUGCAUGGGGAGGGAAAGGGGAGGGGGAGAGCUGCGGAGAAGGCUGCUGAGGAGGUGCAUGUGGAGGGAAAGGGGAGGGGGAGAGCUGCGGAGAAGGCUGCUGAGGAGGUGCAUGGGGAGGGAAAGGGGAGGGGGAGAGCUGCGGAGAAGGCUGCUGAGGAGGUGCAUGUGGAGGGAAAGGGGAGGGGGAGAGCUGCGGAGAAGGCUGCUGAGGAGGUGCAUGUGGAGGGAAAGGGGAGGGGGAGAGCUGCGGAGAAGGCUGCUGAGGAGGUGCAUGGGGAGGGAAAGGGGAGGGGGAGAGCUGCGGAGAAGGCUGCUGAGGAGGUGCAUGUGGAGGGAAAGGGGAGGGGGAGAGCUGCGGAGAAGGCUGCUGAGGAGGUGCAUGUGGAGGGAAAGGGGAGGGGGAGAGCUGCGGAGAAGGCUGCUGAGGAGGUGCAUGGGGAGGGAAAGGGGAGGGGGAGAGCUGCGGAGAAGGCUGCUGAGGAGGUGCAUGUGGAGGGAAAGGGGAGGGGGAGAGCUGCGGAGAAGGCUGCUGAGGAGGUGCAUGUGGAGGGAAAGGGGAGGGGGAGAGCUGCGGAGAAGGCUGCUGAGGAGGUGCAUGGGGAGGGAAAGGGGAGGGGGAGAGCUGCGGAGAAGGCUGCUGAGGAGGUGCAUGUGGAGGGAAAGGGGAGGGGGAGAGCUGCGGAGAAGGCUGCUGAGGAGGUGCAUGUGGAGGGAAAGGGGAGGGGGAGAGCUGCGGAGAAGGCUGCUGAGGAGGUGCAUGGGGAGGGAAAGGGGAGGGGGAGAGCUGCGGAGAAGGCUGCUGAGGAGGUGCAUGUGGAGGGAAAGGGGAGGGGGAGAGCUGCGGAGAAGGCUGCUGAGGAGGUGCAUGUGGAGGGAAAGGGGAGGGGGAGAGCUGCGGAGAAGGCUGCUGAGGAGGUGCAUGGGGAGGGAAAGGGGAGGGGGAGAGCUGCGGAGAAGGCUGCUGAGGAGGUGCAUGUGGAGGGAAAGGGGAGGGGGAGAGCUGCGGAGAAGGCUGCUGAGGAGGUGCAUGUGGAGGGAAAGGGGAGGGGGAGAGCUGCGGAGAAGGCUGCUGAGGAGGUGCAUGUGGAGGGAAAGGGGAGGGGGAGAGCUGCGGAGAAGGCUGCUGAGGAGGUGCAUGGGGAGGGAAAGGGGAGGGGGAGAGCUGCGGAGAAGGCUGCUGAGGAGGUGCAUGUGGAGGGAAAGGGGAGGGGGAGAGCUGCGGAGAAGGCUGCUGAGGAGGUGCAUGUGGAGGGAAAGGGGAGGGGGAGAGCUGCGGAGAAGGCUGCUGAGGAGGUGCAUGGGGAGGGAAAGGGGAGGGGGAGAGCUGCGGAGAAGGCUGCUGAGGAGGUGCAUGUGGAGGGAAAGGGGAGGGGGAGAGCUGCGGAGAAGGCUGCUGAGGAGGUGCAUGUGGAGGGAAAGGGGAGGGGGAGAGCUGCGGAGAAGGCUGCUGAGGAGGUGCAUGGGGAGGGAAAGGGGAGGGGGAGAGCUGCGGAGAAGGCUGCUGAGGAGGUGCAUGUGGAGGGAAAGGGGAGGGGGAGAGCUGCGGAGAAGGCUGCUGAGGAGGUGCAUGGGGAGGGAAAGGGGAGGGGGAGAGCUGCGGAGAAGGCUGCUGAGGAGGUGCAUGUGGAGGGAAAGGGGAGGGGGAGAGCUGCGGAGAAGGCUGCUGAGGAGGUGCAUGUGGAGGGAAAGGGGAGGGGGAGAGCUGCGGAGAAGGCUGCUGAGGAGGUGCAUGUGGAGGGAAAGGGGAGGGGGAGAGCUGCGGAGAAGGCUGCUGAGGAGGUGCAUGGGGAGGGAAAGGGGAGGGGGAGAGCUGCGGAGAAGGCUGCUGAGGAGGUGCAUGUGGAGGGAAAGGGGAGGGGGAGAGCUGCGGAGAAGGCUGCUGAGGAGGUGCAUGUGGAGGGAAAGGGGAGGGGGAGAGCUGCGGAGAAGGCUGCUGAGGAGGUGCAUGUGGAGGGAAAGGGGAGGGGGAGAGCUGCGGAGAAGGCUGCUGAGGAGGUGCAUGUGGAGGGAAAGGGGAGGGGGAGAGCUGCGGAGAAGGCUGCUGAGGAGGUGCAUGUGGAGGGAAAGGGGAGGGGGAGAGCUGCGGAGAAGGCUGCUGAGGAGGUGCAUGUGGAGGGAAAGGGGAGGGGGAGAGCUGCGGAGAAGGCUGCUGAGGAGGUGCAUGGGGAGGGAAAGGGGAGGGGGAGAGCUGCGGAGAAGGCUGCUGAGGAGGUGCAUGUGGAGGGAAAGGGGAGGGGGAGAGCUGCGGAGAAGGCUGCUGAGGAGGUGCAUGUGGAGGGAAAGGGGAGGGGGAGAGCUGCGGAGAAGGCUGCUGAGGAGGUGCAUAGGGAGGGAAAGGGGAGGGGGAGAGCUGCGGAGAAGGCUGCUGAGGAGGUGCAUGUGGAGGGAAAGGGGAGGGGGAGAGCUGCGGAGAAGGCUGCUGAGGAGGUGCAUGUGGAGGGAAAGGGGAGGGGGAGAGCUGCGGAGAAGGCUGCUGAGGAGGUGCAUGGGGAGGGAAAGGGGAGGGGGAGAGCUGCGGAGAAGGCUGCUGAGGAGGUGCAUGUGGAGGGAAAGGGGAGGGGGAGAGCUGCGGAGAAGGCUGCUGAGGAGGUGCAUGUGGAGGGAAAGGGGAGGGGGAGAGCUGCGGAGAAGGCUGCUGAGGAGGUGCAUGGGGAGGGAAAGGGGAGGGGGAGAGCUGCGGAGAAGGCUGCUGAGGAGGUGCAUGUGGAGGGAAAGGGGAGGGGGAGAGCUGCGGAGAAGGCUGCUGAGGAGGGGAGGGGGAGAGCUGCGGAGAAGGCUGCUGAGGAGGUGCAUGUGGAGGGAAAGGGGAGGGGGAGAGCUGCGGAGAAGGCUGCUGAGGAGGUGCAUGUGGAGGAAAGGGGAGGGGGAGAGCUGCGGAGAAGGCUGCUGAGGAGGGGGAGAGCUGCGGAGAAGGCUGCUGAGGAGGUGCAUGUGGAGGGAAAGGGGAGGGGGAGAGCUGCGGAGAAGGCUGCUGAGGAGGUGCAUGUGGAGGGAAAGGGGAGGGGGAGAGCUGCGGAGAAGGCUGCUGAGGAGGUGCAUGGGGAGGGAAAGGGGAGGGGGAGAGCUGCGGAGAAGGCUGCUGAGGAGGUGCAUGUGGAGGGAAAGGGGAGGGGGAGAGCUGCGGAGAAGGCUGCUGAGGAGGUGCAUGUGGAGGGAAAGGGGAGGGGGAGAGCUGCGGAGAAGGCUGCUGAGGAGGGAAAGGGGAGGGGGAGAGCUGCGGAGAAGGCUGCUGAGGAGGUGCAUGUGGAGGGAAAGGGGAGGGGGAGAGCUGCGGAGAAGGCUGCUGAGGAGGUGCAUGGGGAGGGAAAGGGGAGGGGGAGAGCUGCGGAGAAGGCUGCUGAGGAGGUGCAUGGGGAGGGAAAGGGGAGGGGGAGAGCUGCGGAGAAGGCUGCUGAGGAGGUGCAUGUGGAGGGAAAGGGGAGGGGGAGAGCUGCGGAGAAGGCUGCUGAGGAGGUGCAUGUGGAGGGAAAGGGGAGGGGGAGAGCUGCGGAGAAGGCUGCUGAGGAGGUGCAUGGGGAGGGAAAGGGGAGGGGGAGAGCUGCGGAGAAGGCUGCUGAGGAGGUGCAUGUGGAGGGAAAGGGGAGGGGGAGAGCUGCGGAGAAGGCUGCUGAGGAGGUGCAUGUGGAGGGAAAGGGGAGGGGGAGAGCUGCGGAGAAGGCUGCUGAGGAGGUGCAUGGGGAGGGAAAGGGGAGGGGGAGAGCUGCGGAGAAGGCUGCUGAGGAGGUGCAUGGGGAGGGAAAGGGGAGGGGGAGAGCUGCGGAGAAGGCUGCUGAGGAGGUGCAUGUGGAGGGAAAGGGGAGGGGGAGAGCUGCGGAGAAGGCUGCUGAGGAGGUGCAUGUGGAGGGAAAGGGGAGGGGGAGAGCUGCGGAGAAGGCUGCUGAGGAGGUGCAUGGGGAGGGAAAGGGGAGGGGGAGAGCUGCGGAGAAGGCUGCUGAGGAGGUGCAUGUGGAGGGAAAGGGGAGGGGGAGAGCUGCGGAGAAGGCUGCUGAGGAGGUGCAUGUGGAGGGAAAGGGGAGGGGGAGAGCUGCGGAGAAGGCUGCUGAGGAGGUGCAUGGGGAGGGAAAGGGGAGGGGGAGAGCUGCGGAGAAGGCUGCUGAGGAGGUGCAUGGGGAGGGAAAGGGGAGGGGGAGAGCUGCGGAGAAGGCUGCUGAGGAGGUGCAUGUGGAGGGAAAGGGGAGGGGGAGAGCUGCGGAGAAGGCUGCUGAGGAGGUGCAUGGGGAGGGAAAGGGGAGGGGGAGAGCUGCGGAGAAGGCUGCUGAGGAGGGGAGGGGGAGAGCUGCGGAGAAGGCUGCUGAGGAGGUGCAUGGGGAGGGAAAGGGGAGGGGGAGAGCUGCGGAGAAGGCUGCUGAGGAGGUGCAUGGGGAGGGAAAGGGGAGGGGGAGAGCUGCGGAGAAGGCUGCUGAGGAGGUGCAUGGGGAGGGAAAGGGGAGGGGGAGAGCUGCGGAGAGGCUGCUGAGGAGGUGCAUGGGGAGGGAAAGGGGAGGGGGAGAGCUGCGGAGAAGGCUGCUGAGGAGGUGCAUGGGGAGGGAAAGGGGAGGGGGAGAGCUGCGGAGAAGGCUGCUGAGGAGGUGCAUGUGGAGGGAAAGGGGAGGGGGAGAGCUGCGGAGAAGGCUGCUGAGGAGGUGCAUGUGGAGGGAAAGGGGAGGGGGAGAGCUGCGGAGAAGGCUGCUGAGGAGCUGCGGAGAAGGGCUGCUGAGGAGGUGCAUGUGGGAGGGAAAGGGGAGGGGGAGAGCUGCGGAGAAGGCUGCUGAGGAGGUGCAUGGGGAGGGAAAGGGGAGGGGGAGAGCUGCGGAGAAGGCUGCUGAGGAGGUGCAUGUGGAGGGAAAGGGGAGGGGGAGAGCUGCGGAGAAGGCUGCUGAGGAGGUGCAUGUGGAGGGAAAGGGGAGGGGGAGAGCUGCGGAGAAGGCUGCUGAGGAGGUGCAUGGGGAGGGAAAGGGGAGGGGGAGAGCUGCGGAGAAGGCUGCUGAGGAGCUGCGGAGAAGGCUGCUGAGGAGGUGCAUGUGGAGGGAAAGGGGAGGGGGAGAGCUGCGGAGAAGGCUGCUGAGGAGGUGCAUGGGGAGGGAAAGGGGAGGGGGAGAGCUGCGGAGAAGGCUGCUGAGGAGGUGCAUGGGGAGGGGGAAGGAGAAGGGGGGGGGAGGGGGAGAGCUGCGGAGAAGGCUGCUGAGGAGGUGCAAUGGGGAGGGAAAGGGGAGGGGGAGAGCUGCGGAGAAGGCUGCUGAGGAGGUGCAUGGGGAGGGAAAGGGGAGGGGGAGAGCUGCGGAGAAGGCUGCUGAGGAGGUGCAUGGGGAGGGAAAGGGGAGGGGGAGAGCUGCGGAGAAGGCUGCUGAGGAGGUGCAUGGGGAGGGAAAGGGGAGGGGGAGAGCUGCGGAGAAGGCUGCUGAGGAGGGAAAGGGGAGGGGGAGAGCUGCGGAGAAGGCUGCUGAGGAGGUGCAAUGGGGAGGGAAAGGGGAGGGGGGAGAGCUGCGGAGAAGGCUGCUGAGGAGGUGCAUGGGGAGGGAAAGGGGGAGGGGGAGAGCUGCGGAGAAGGCUGCUGAGGAGGUGCAUGGGGAGGGAAAGGGGAGGGGGAGAGCUGCGGAGAAGGCUGCUGAGGAGGUGCAUGGGGAGGGAAAGGGGAGGGGGAGAGCUGCGGAGAAGGCUGCUGAGGAGGUGCAUGGGGAGGGAAAGGGGAGGGGGAGAGCUGCGGAGAAGGCUGCUGAGGAGGUGCAUGUGGAGGAAAGGGGAGGGGGAGAGCUGCGGAGAAGGCUGCUGAGGAGGGGAGGGGGAGAGCUGCGGAGAAGGCUUGCUGAGGAGGUGCAUGGGGAGGGAAAGGGGAGGGGGAGAGCUGCGGAGAAGGCUGCUGAGGAGGUGCAUGGGGAGGGAAAGGGGGAGGGGGAGAGCUGCGGAAGAAGGCUGCUGAGGAGGUGCAUGGGGAGGGAAAGGGGAGGGGGAGAGCUGCGGAGAAGGCUGCUGAGGAGGUGCAUGGGGAGGGAAAGGGGAGGGGGAGAGCUGCGGAGAAGGGCUGCUGAGGAGGUGCAUGUGGAGGGAAAGGGGAGGGGGAGAGCUGCGGAGAAGGCUGCUGAGGAGGUGCAUGGGGAGGGAAAGGGGAGGGGGAGAGCUGCGGAGAAGGCUGCUGAGGAGGUGCAUGGGGAGGGAAAGGGGAGGGGGAGAGCUGCGGAGAAGGCUGCUGAGGAGGGGAGGGGGAGAGCUGCGGAGAAGGCUGCUGAGGAGGUGCAUGGGGAGGGAAAGGGGAGGGGGAGAGCUGCGGAGAAGGCUGCUGAGGAGGUGCAUGGGGAGGGAAAGGGGAGGGGGAGAGCUGCGGAGAAGGCUGCUGAGGAGGUGCAUGGGGAGGGAAAGGGGAGGGGGAGAGCUGCGGAGAAGGCUGCUGAGGAGGUGCAUGUGGAGGGAAAGGGGAGGGGGAGAGCUGCGGAGAAGGCUGCUGAGGAGGUGCAUGGGGAGGGAAAGGGGAGGGGGAGAGCUGCGGAGAAGGCUGCUGAGGAGGUGCAUGUGGAGGGAAAGGGGAGGGGAGAGCUGCGGAGAAGGCUGCUGAGGAGGUGCAUGGGAGGGAAGGGGAGGGGGAGAGCUGCGGAGAAGGCUGCUGAGGAGGUGCAUGGGGGAAGAAAGGGGAGGGGGAGAGCUGCGGAGAAGGCUGCUGAGGAGGUGCAUGUGGAGGGAAAGGGGAGGGGGAGAGCUGCGGAGAGGCUGGCUGAGGAGGGGGAGGCUGCUGCGGAGAAGGCUGCUGAGGAGGUGCAUGUGGAGGGAAAGGGAGGGGGAGAGCUGCGGAGAAGGCUGCUGAGGAGGUGCAUGGGGAGGGAAGGGAGGGGAGAGCUGCGGAGAGGGCUGCGAGGAGGUGCACAUGGGGUAGGGAAAAAGGGAAGGGGGAGAGUCUGCGGAGGAAGGCUGCUGAGGAGGUGCAUGUGGAGGGAAAGGGGAGGGGGAGAGCUGCGGAGAAGGCUGCUGAGGAGGGGAGGGGGAGAGCUGCGGAGAAGGCUGCUGAGGAGGUGCAUGGGGAGGGAAAGGGGAGGGGGAGAGCUGCGGAGAAGGCUGCUGAGGAGGUGCAUGGGGAGGGAAAGGGGAGGGGGAGAGCUGCGGAGAAGGCUGCUGAGGAGGUGCAUGGGAGGGAAAGGGAGGGGGAGAGCUGCGGAGAAGGCUGCUGAGGAGGUGCAUGGGGAGGGAAAGGGGAGGGGGAGAGCUGCGGAGAAGGCUGCUGAGGAGGUGCAUGGGGAGGGAAAGGGGAGGGGGAGAGCUGCGGAGAAGGCUGCUGAGGAGGUGCAUGGGGAGGGAAAGGGGAGGGGGAGAGCUGCGGAGAAGGCUGCUGAGGAGGUGCAUGGGGAGGGAAAGGGGAGGGGGAGAGCUGCGGAGAAGGCUGCUGAGGAGGUGCAUUGGGGAGGGAAAGGGGAGGGGAGAGCUGCGGAGAAGGCUGCUGAGGAGGUGCAUGGGGAGGGAAAGGGGAGGGGGAGAGCUGCGGAGAAGGCUGCUGAGGAGGUGCAUGUGGGAGGGAAAGGGGAGGGGGAGAGCUGCGGAGAAGGCUGCUGA